AUGGUAAAGACCAUUAACUCUUGGUGGCUCGUAGCUGCUAUCGCGACUAGUGCAGUCGGCAUCAAUGUCAAUGCCAAGAUUCAAACGGAUUCGCAUCUUGGAUCGUCACGCCUUCCUGAAUUGAAUAUCCUCGCCGACACUGCGCCGCCCACUGCAAUCCCUGAAUCUGAUUUCAUCACUGAAUUGGAAUCUACUUCAACAUCAUCGUCCGGUCAAUCCAGCAGUCCAAGCAGCAGCACAGGAACCCGCACAGGAAGCAGCCUGGGAAGCAACACAGCCAGUGGUAGUCAAGCCAUGGGAAGUAGCGAGGCCGGUUAUGCCACCACCUUUAUCACUAACCCGGCGAUCAUCAAGGGUAACCGCUUCUUUGACUCGGUCACAGGUGACUACUUCGCUAUCAGAGGC